AUGGUUAAAGGCGUUCAAAAAACUUUAACGGAAGCAUAUGAAAUCAAAGAGAAAGAAAUUUACUUAUCUAAGUUUUGUGAAUGUGAAAUUGAAGAUGAUGAAUAUAUACAGGGUGUCUUGUAUGGUGAUGUUGGGUUUUUUUUGUACACUGUUAGGAAAACUAUGGAAAGGUGGAAGAUGGUACCCUUCACUGACUUGGUGGACCCUCCAGAUGUUGAAGAGUACCUCUCCGCCCACCAGACCCUCAUUGAAAGGGACCCCCUCUACCAGCUACUCGAAUUCCCGAGUGAUGACUACCAGGCGUUAGUGGUUAAGAAGAAAAUAAGAACGGUUGAUCCCGUUGUUCCGGAAAAAGGUGCUGACUCAGAGAAGCACGUUAGGGAUUGCCUUCGCCUGUACAACAAAGAUUACAAUGUCAUUCAGAAGAAAUAUGAGCAUUGCAACAAUUUCCACAAUGACAAAGUGGAGAGGGCUUCCAUUGUGAAGAUGACCUCUUCUCCUCAGUUUGAAUCAUCACAGCAGAUCGACAACCUUCCAUCAAAGCCUUCCGAGAAAUUAGGUCGAAAGUCAUCCUACUCGUCGUCUUCAUCAUUUGCAUCGAACGCUGCCAGUGUUGAUCCGCUUCUUGAUCUUUGUCCUUCAGAUGCUCUCUUACCAGAUCUUCUCCGAAUCACUCCGAUCGAACAAAUUGAUGCGAACAACCACGAGGCGAGGCAACACAACCGACAGAACUAUCUCUUUGCUCUUUACCCUCAACAAGCUGAGGAAGAACAGGUAGAGUACAGACAGCCAGCUGAAGUUCCAUCAGAUCACGUGCCGCAUAGAAUCCUCGUGAAGUGCAUGCAGUUCAAGCUCGAUUUGGAAAUUGAACCGAUCUUUGCCUCUGCAGCGCUCUACGAUCUGCAAGUUCGCAAGAGGAUUUCUGAAAAUUUUUAUUUCGACCUGAACGGGGAUAACCUGCAUCAGCUGAUCAGAGAUCACGUGCCCCACAAGGACCUCAGCACCAUGUCGACCAGGGCCAUCUUCGACAUCACCUUCCCAUCGUACGACAUCUUCAUCGUCAUCAAGCUUGAAAAGGUUCUACAGCAGGGAGAAAUAUCUGAAGUCGUGGAGCCGUAUAUUAUCAAGGAUGAAAAAUUGAGAGAGAAGGCCCGCGUGAACGCUCAGCACUGCUGCUCGAGACUGGGCAAGCACAGGAUGCCGUUCGCCUGGACAGGCAUCCAUCUCAUGAACACCAUCAACAAUUCCGGCUGGGGCGAAGGUGCAGAUAAGGAUAGCAUUCGAUCUGACAGUCUUGAAAGGAGUGGCCUGUCGAAGGCUCCUGGCAGAGGUUCGUCCACGUACAUCAACACACCCGACAAGCGCAACAGUUGGAAUGCAGAAGAAAUCGGAAAUGCUCUUGAUACAUUCCGACCCAUCACAAUCACCGUCAACAACUUCUACAAGCAGGAAGCCGACAAACUGAGUGAUGAUGAUCUGUUCAAGUUCCUGUCUGAAAUGAAGAAGCAAGCAUCGGCUCUGAAGAAACUCAAACCCAUUCCUGGUAUCUUGAAGUUGGACUUGUCCUCGUACUCCAGCGACCUGACCAACGUGCUCACCACGGAACUCAAUCCAGUCGAUCCGUUCAUUCACGACACUUCCAAACCAUCGAAGGAGGUCCUCGAGUUUCCCACUGAAGACAUCUACAAACCUCACACUUUCUACAGGAACCUGAUGUUCGUGUAUCCAAAGUUUUUGAACUUUGCGAAUAGACAAGGAUCAGCUCGAAACAUCGCAGUCAAAGUUCAGUUCAUGCAUGGAGAAGGAGACAACAAUGCUCUGCCUGUGAUUUAUGGCAAGUCAAACUGCCCCGCAGUGAGUAAGGAGGCUUACACCACUGUCAACUACCACAACAAGACUCCUUCGUUUUACGAUGAAAUCAAGAUCAACCUGCCCGGUCGGUUGACUGACUCGCAUCACCUCUUCUUCACCAUGUACCACGUCAGUUGCCAGCCUAAAAAGGAUGCAGUUGAUCUGGAGACGAUUGUUGGCUAUUCUUGGUUGCCACUCUUUAGAGAUGGUCAUCUGGUCACUGGGGAGUUCAAUUUGCCUGUUUCCCUUGACCUUCCUCCACAACAUUACCACAUGCUGCAUCCCGAUGUUCAACUGCCUUCCAUGAAGUGGGUGGACAACCACCGAGGACUUUUCAAUGUCGUCAUCAAUGCUGUCUCUUCCAUACACACUUUGGAUGAACAUUUGGACAAGUUCCUGUCGCUUGUUAAUGCGGCCGACGAAGGCAAGAUACCUAGCAAGAUUGGAGAAGCCUGCUUUGAAGACCAGCUGAAAAAGUGUGUUUCAGGCCUAACAGAAACUAGCACUGGACCACUGGUUCGAUAUGUUCAUUUGGUGCUCGACAAGCUGCUACAGUUGUUAAUAAGACCACCCGUAGUUGCUGGCCAAGUGGUGAACGUGGGUCAGGAGAGCUUCGAUGUUGUUGCUCAUAUAGUUCGACGCCUACAGCACAUCAGAGAUCUCUCACAGGACAAACAUGGCAGAAACUCUAUCCUGGUCUCCUACAUCAUUUACACUUGCACUCUGCAACCCUCUGACGCUUCCACCGCCAACACUUCCGUAGGUUCAAACCAGGCAUCUCCUGGCACAGGCCUUUCAGGACUGACCCGUCCGAUGACCAUGUCCACAACUUCUAGGAGUGGUCGCACGUUGAGUUGCAGUGAUCCUGAUGUCUCAAAUAUAAUCAAUGAACAAGAUGCUAAACAAAUGGAAGCUGGCAAACAAGAAUAUCUAAAAUUCGUUAAUAAAAAGUUUGUGCAUGAGGAACUUGUCCUUCAGUGGUUGGUCUCCACUGGGAAGACAAGCAGUGUGGCCCUGUCUAACUCCUGGUUCUUUUUGGAACUCAUUGUGCGAAGCAUGGAAGACCACCUCGGACGAACCAACAAGCUGAAUGCCCCCCGCAAGACAAGGUUUCCUGCACAGUUCCUACUUGACAUUUCUUCCCUGGUUGAGAUGAUUUCUAAAAAAAUUGUUGAAUCAAGCAAGAUUUUAGAUGAAGUGUCCAUUCAAGGUCAAAACACGUUGGUCAACAAGGGGACAGACACGACAGGUCUCUUGACAUUGAAACUGGAGUUCAUGAGGAUUGUCUGCAGUCAUGAGCACUACUUCACGUUGAAUCUUCCCUUCAACGUACCAAGCACACCAUCGGCUCCUCCUUCUCCAACAUUCAGCAUUGCAAGCUCUGCUUCACAAGCGUCGUUGGUCUCCAGCGGUCUGUCAUCCUGCGAAAAACUUCCUUUCAUUGAGUUGACCAAUGAAUACAAAAGCCAGCACUUCCUGGCGGGCAUUGUACUUUCUGAUCUAGUUGCUAUGCUUGAAACAAAUGUGUCCCAGCUGCAGAUCAAGUCUAUUAAUUUGGUUUCCAACUUGAUAGCCAGCCACGACAUGGACCCAAGAUUUCGAUCAUCCGAAGCCAAAUCUCGAGUGGCCACCCUCUACCUCCCCAUCGUCAAAAUUGUCAUCGACAUUCUGUUGAAACUCUUCCAGCCAUCAAACGAUUCAAAAAAUCGAUGCCCGGAAUCUGCCGCCAUCAACCAAUCAGUGGCUCUGGCUAUUGCAGGAUCCGCUUCGUACAAUCUCAAUCCUGAGCAGAUUAAGAGGAAUCAUUUGAGUCAGGAAUCAACCCAGGAUUUGUUGAUAUGUUUCCUUUGGGUGCUGAAGAAUGCCAACAUUAAGUUGUUGUGGAUGUGGUGGUCAAACCUGACCCCUGCAACAAUCAAUCAGCUCCUUGAAAUACUUAAACUUGCCAUUUCAAAUUUUGAAUACAAGUAUUCACUACCUUUCCAUGAACAAACUGAAGCUAAUUUAAGCAGACGUUUGUCUUUCAACAAAACAGCUUCUCCUCUGAGAAGUAGUUAUUCUGAACCAGUGCUAAGCUACGUCGCAAAUCAUCAAUACUUUAUUCACAUGACAUUAAAAGCAAAUGUUACAACAAUUUGUGUACCUCACAAGAAAGAGCAAAAUGUCAUCAACAUGGGAUCAGACUUCAAGAGCAAGAUGGAAGAGUACAUGCUGGGUCCAAACAGUGCCAGGAUGGAGAUGAUCAGGAGAAAGCAACAUGAAUCAACUGGUCUGCCAUUGAGUGAUGGUGGCUCGAAGUUGAGGUGGAGGAAGGACCAGAUACACUACAAACAGUCAAAUGACCUAACUGACGGUAACAAGAACCGAGAAGAAUCCGAUGGUUAUGUGGAAGGCCUACUGUCGAGCGAGGUCAACAUGGUUGCUCUGGACGUCAUUGAAUUCAUUAUACAGGUUGUACAGUCGUUUGACAUGUUACAAAGUUCUCUGUCAAAUGUUUUACAAGUCAUUCUUCAUGGCCUGUCAACGAACCAGAGUUCAACUGUCCUCCAGAACAUGUUUGCCACGCAGAGAUCACUUGUCUCCAAGUUUCCUGAACUGUUGUUUGAGGAGGACACGGAGCAGUGUGCUGAUCUCUGCUCGAGACUGUUGAAGCACUGCAGUUCCUCACUGGCCAGCAUUCGAUCACAUGCCAGUGCAUCUCUCUACAUGCUCAUGAGACAGAAUUACGAAAUUGGAAAUAACUUUGCGAGAGUGAAGAUGCAAGUGACGAUGAGCUUGAGUUCUCUGGUGGGCCAGACGCAGGCAUUCAAUGAGGAGCACUUGAGGACGUCACUGAAGACCAUCCUGCUCUAUGCUGACAGUGAUGAAGAAUUCAAGGACACCGCAUUUCCUGAACAGGUCAGGGAGUUGGUGAAGAACCUGCACAUGAUCCUGUCUGACACCAUAAAGAUGAAGGAGUACCACUCCGACCCGGAAAUGUUGUUGGACCUCAUGUACAGGAUCGCCCGCGGAUACCAAAACUCACCAGACCUGCGCCUCACGUGGCUCGACAAUAUGGCAUCGAAACAUAAAGAGAGGAAGAAUUAUGCAGAAGCAGCUCAGUGUAUGGUGCAUGCAGCGGGCCUGGUGGCUGAAUACUUGAACAUGCUGGAAGAUAAAUCAUAUCUGCCUGUUGGAUGCGUUGCAUUGCAGCACGUGUCACGGAAUGUGCUGGAGGAGAGUGCAGUCUCGGAGGAUGUUGUGUCGCCGGAUGAGGAGGGCAUCUGCACUGGAAAGUACUUCACCGAGAAUGGACUGACCGUACUGCUUGAACAAUCUGCUACUUUCUUCGAACAGGCAUCCAUGUACGAGGGAGUGAACAAUGUCUACAAAGUCCUCAUCCCCAUUUACGAGAGCAACAGAGAAUUCACCAAGUUGGCCAAGAUACACGCCAAGAUACACGCCGCCUUCACGAACAUCAUCAAACAUGAGAGCAAGCGAAUGUUUGGUACGUACUUUCGCGUUGGUUUCUACGGCAGUCGAUUUUGUGACAUGGAUGGCCUAGAGUUUGUCUAUAAGGAACCUGCUAUAACCAAACUUUCAGAAAUAUCCCAUAGACUUGAGACAUUUUAUUCUGAGAAGUUUGGAUCAGUGGAGAUGAUAAAGGAUUCAAAUAAUGUUGACAAAAACCAACUGAACCCAGAUAAGGCCUACAUCCAGAUAACAUACGUCGAGCCCUAUUUUGAUCUCUACGAACUGAAAGGGAGGCAGACAUUUUUUGAAAUGAACUACAACAUCAAACGCUUCAUGUACGCCACUCCAUUCACGAUGGAUGGAAAAGCCCACGGAGAACUGAGGGAGCAGUACAAAAGGAAGACCAUCCUCACCACCUCCCACGCCUUCCCGUACGUCAAAACAAGACUUGAAGUAGUGAACAAAGAGUCGUUUACGUUGUCACCGAUCGAAGUGGCCAUUGAGGACAUCCAGAAGAAGACGAAAGAGUUGGCGUUAGCAUUGAAACAAGAUCCUCCAGACGCGAAGAUGCUGCAGAUGGUUCUUCAGGGGUGCAUUGGAGCAACUGUCAAUCAGGGCCCAAUAGAGUUGGCUUCCGUUUUCUUAUCCCCAUUAAUGGAUGGAGCUUUACCUACCAAACACCACAACAAGCUCAGGAGUUGUUUUAAGGACUUCAUGAAAAAGUUAUUUGAUAGUUAUUUGAUAAUGCGCUUGUAG